AUGGAGGAUGAAGACGAUGAUCUCUACAGUACCACAGACAUGCUACCUGGAAUACAGAAGCCUUCUGCCCCUUUAGCCGCGACAGUUAAGCCCGUCAAGCAUGAGGACAUCGAUGGGAAUGAUGACGAGGAGGAAGAGGAAGAAGACGAUGAGGAUGACUUCAACAUCAUAACAGAAGCCCCAGAACCUGCCACUAUACCGCAAACACAACCUGCACAGCAUGGCGCAUUUAGAGCCGACGCCCCACGACCCAACGAUACUCCAAAUAUACCGAAAACCGUAACCCAAUCCACUUCUCGAGUUGAAGCAUCUAUCUCCCAUCCCCCUGCGGCGAAGCCAGUUGUCGCUCAAAAGCCCGGAUCCUCUUUUCCCGCUCAACACACCUCCACCAUUGACGUUAGCGCAAAUCCCGUACACCCUGCUACCUCUAAAACAAUUUUGUCUACUGACUUGGACACUGACUUUCCUUCCGAGGAUGAUAAGCCAUGGCGACGGCCAGGCUCGGAUGUGAGCGAUUAUUUUAACUACGGUUUCGACGAGUUCACAUGGGCAAGUUAUUGUAUAAAACAGCAAGAUCUGCGAAAGGAAGUAGGAGAUCAGAAGAAGCAGGUUCAGGACAUGCAGGCGUUUCUUGGCAUAGCGCCGGGCGGCAUGCCCGCUAUGUCCGGGCCGCCUCAACCCACUCCCGGUGCCGUGCCGAGUCAAGGGGCUCCUCCUUCGCAGAAUACAGGACCUCCGAAUGUAAUGGCAGGUAUGCAACCAGGUAUGCCAGAAUUAUCGGCAGACAUGAUGCAAGGCAUGCUGGCGAGCAUGAUGGCUCAAGGGUUAGACCCUUCGACAAUGGAUCCAAUGACUUUCAUGCAACAUGCGCAGGCGAUGAUGGGUGGUGGUCAGCCAGGUGCGGGAGCUCCUCAGGUACCGCAGUCCGGCUAUGGAGGCCAACCACCUGGCCAAGGAUUCGUUGGACAACCCGGUGGACAACAGCAGAUGACAUACGGAGGAUAUGAUCAACGUGGAGCCGCAUUCAGCAAUGCGGUCCGCGGGAAAGGAAUACGGAGAUGGUGA